GGGCGCUGACUGGCCGCUGACGUCACAGUCGCGCCGGUGCCAGUUGGUCUGAUUCAAACUUCAGUCGGAGUCUGUGAGCUGCGCGAGACGAUCACUCACCUGCGGCUCAGGUGAGCGACGAGAGGAGAGGAGCUCCGGCUCCACACGACAGCACGAGACAGACCGAGAGAAGCUGAGAGAAGCUAAGAGAAGCUAAGAGAAGCUAAGCUAAGAGAAGCUAAGAGAAACUAGCCAGGCUAACCGGACCGGUGUCACCUGCUCCUCCACCUGUAGAGGACCGAGUGCGGGCAGCCCCCCCCCCCGGAUGUCCCCCUGACCGCCACCAUGUCCGCUCCAUCUCUUCAGAACGGAAACCUGCGGGGUCUGGACGAGGUGGACAUUCUGGACCCAGAGUUCCAGCAGCGUCUGGAAGAUGCUCGUACUCUGCUCAGGCAGGAGAUCCAGCGGGAGCUGAAGAUCAAGGAGGCGGCCGAGAGGCUGCGACGGGCCGUCACCAAUCGCAAGAGCGCCGCCGAUGUGGAGGGUCAACUCAAGGCCUCGAGCCGCAAACUGGACCAGUUACACUGGGAGCUGCAGGAGCUGAACGCCAGGUCGAUGGGUAGAGAGAGAGACAGCCCCACAGGAAGUCUGGAAGAAGAAGAGGCUCAGUCAGCAGAGUCGUGUCAGUGGGAAGACGUCAUGUCACCUGUGGCCGGUCGAGUCAGAACUCUGAAGAAACAGCUCACCAUGGAAACCAAAGUCAAACAGGGCGCGGAGAACAUGAUCCACACGUACACCAACAGCUCCGUGAAGGACAGGAAGAUGCUGUCGACGGCUCAGCAGAUGUUGCAGGACAGUCGCACCAAGAUCGAGCUGCUGCGGAUGCAGAUUGUUAAAGUCAGUCAGGCCAGAGACGAAGAGCGAGACGGAACCAAUGGUCCGGCCGUGGAGACGAUCAGUCCCGUGGAGCUGCGUGUGGCUGAACUCAUGCACCACAUGAAGAUCGAGUCGGCCGUAGCAGAGGGGGCUAAAAACGUGGUGAGGCAGCUGAGCGGGCGAAAGAUCCAGGAUCGAAGAAUACUGGCAGAGGCUCAGACACGAAUGCAGGAGUCGUCUCAGAAGGUGGACCUGUUGCGUCUCUCCCUGGAGACACGUCUGAGCGAGCUGCCUCAGGAUCAUCCCAAACACGCUGCCAUUAAAGAGGAGUUAGUGUCUGGAACCUCGCUGUCGUACGGCACGCCAAAGAAACAGUCCACCGCUCUGUCCUCGUCCUCCUUCUUCAAACCGGCCAGUCUAACAGGUCGAUUGGAGGUUUGUCUGAUGGGCUGCCAGGACCUGCUGGAGUCGGUUCCAGGCCGCGGCCGCGUGACCAGCGUCCCGCCCGGUUCUGGAAGCGUCUCGGACGGAAAGUCUCUGAAGGUGAGAGCCGGCCUAUCAGGACGCAGUGCCAAUGGAAAGACGACCAAGGCCGACGACCUGUCCUCGGAGAUCAGCGCUGUGUUGAAGGUGGACAACAGGAUCGUGGGACACACACACUGGAGACAGCUGGGUAAAGAGGCCUGGGGCCAGAGCUUCAGCAUUGAACUGGAAAGGUCCAGGGAGCUGGAGAUCGCCGUGUACUGGAGAGACUGGCGUGCGCUGAGCGGAGUGAAGUUCCUGCGGUUGGAGGAUUUCCUGGAUAACCAGCGACACGGCAUGUGUCUGCAGCUGGAGCCUCAGGGCAUCCUCUUCAUCGAGGUGACGUUUAUCAAACCCGUCAUCGAGCGAUGUUCCAAACUCCAGAGGCAGAGGAGGAUUUUCCCAAAAGAAAAAGGGAAGGACUUCCUGCGUGCCGCUCAGAUGAACAUGAACUUUGCCACCUGGGGCCGUUUGAUGAUGAGCAUCCUGCCUCCCUGCAGCUCCCUGGAUCCCAUGAGUCCUCCGUUAGCGGGCCCUCACUCCGGCCCCUCCCCCGCUCCUCAGUCGCAAGAAGCUGCCGUCAAGAAUCUAAACUUUGUUGAAGAUCAACCUGGACGAUCUCCACAUCGCUCGAGAAGGAACAUUAAAGAUUCUCUGCUGUCUCCACGUGAAAACAAGAGUCCGAAGCCGAACAGACAAGCGUCCGUCCAUCUUCCUCCUCAGCGAGAUGAAGCGCUGCAGAUGCACGACUUCAACUGUAUUUCCGUCCUGGGACGAGGUCACUUUGGAAAGGUGCUGCUGGCAGAGUAUAAGAAGUCAGGGAAACUGUUCGCCAUCAAAGCCCUGAAGAAGGGCGACAUUGUGACACGAGACGAGGUCGACAGCCUCAUGUGUGAGAAGAGAAUCUUCGAAGUCAUCAACACGUCUCAACAUCCGUUCCUGGUCAACCUGUACGGCUGCUUCCAGACCUCCGACCACGUGUGCUUUGUGAUGGCGUACUCUUCAGGAGGAGACCUCAUGACGCACAUUCACACCAGCAUCUUCACGGACAAACAAGCACGGUUCUACUCCUCCUGCGUGCUGCUCGGUCUGGAGUUCCUCCAUCAGAACCACAUCGUUUACAGGGAUCUGAAGCUGGAUAAUCUGCUGAUGGAUGCUGAUGGUUUUGUCAGGAUAGCAGACUUUGGUUUGUGCAAAGAAG